AGUCAAGAUUUCAAAGAAAUAAAAAAUCAAUUACAUACAUACGUUUGGUCGUUUUGUUCCCUUAUUGACGCAUUCCAGUUCCAACUCUGACACGGCGUAGCCUACUGUUAAAAAAAUAUUUUUUAUAAAAUUAGUCAUAAAUUUUUUAGAUAUCAAGUGUUUUAUUUUAAUAUUUAUAAAAAGGAAACUGUUUAUUUUAAAUAGUUUUGAGAAUAUAUAUUAAUUAUAAUGGUGAUUAAAGUUUUUGUCAGUGGUCUUUCGGGAAAUAAAGAAGUAAAGAAACGCCAACAACGAGUCUUAAUGAUAUUGGAAAGCAAGAAUAUUAAAUAUGAAUGCGUUGAUAUUACAGAACCAGGAAAAGAGACUGAGAGAGAGUUCAUGCAAACCAAUUCAACAAGCAAUGGAGGCACCAUAAGUGAUCCUAAUCCCCGUCACCCUUUACCACCACAAAUAUUUAGUGAUGACACAUAUUGUGGAGACUAUGAUGCUUUUGAUUUAGCCAACGAAAAUGAUCAACUGGAAAUUUUUUGUAAAAUGGAACCACCGGCUGAAAGUAUUUCAUCUGCCCAAAUAGAACUUAAAACAGAUGGUCAGAAAGGUGCUGAAAACGAAGAGAAAACCCCUGAUGAAAAUGGAACUACUGAAGAAAACGAAGGAAUUAAGGAGAAUGGAGAUGUAAAAGAGGAAGAAAGUGAAAAUACGUUAGAAAAUGAUAAAAACGAUCCCAAGAAUGAUGAAAAUAGUAAAGAAAAUGGUGAUAAAAAAGAAAAUGAUAAAGAGGAAAAUGAAAAGGAAAACGGUAGUAAAGAGGAAAAUGAAAAGGAAAACGAUGAAGUAGAAAAUGGUAAUGAAAAAGAAAAUGGCAAUGAAGAGGAAGCUGUUAAGGAAAACGAAAACGAUGAUAAAAAGGAAAAUGAUGAUGAAAAAGAAAAUAGCGACGAAGAAGAAAAUGACAAUGAAAACGAAACUGAUGAUAAAGUUCAAAAGGAUUCGAUAAAAGAAUCUGAUGACAAAGGAACCAAUGACGAAGCUGAAAAUGAAAAAACGGUAGAUGAAGACGAAGAAAGUAAAAGUGAUGUCCAUGAUGAAGAUUCUGAAAAUAAAGACGAAAGUAAAGUCGAUAAUAAAAAGCAGGAGAGUAAGAAUGAAGCUGGUGAAAGUGAGAACAAAGACGAAGAAACUAAAAAAGAAGACGCCGAAAACCCUGAUAAACUUAUUGAUUCACAAUCAGAUGAAUCAGAAGAUGAAAGUGAAGAAGAGAGCAUUGAAAACAAUCAAAAAAGUAAUGUUUCAACAGAAGAGAAUGAUGUUAAAACAAAUGGUACAAGUUCAAGAGAAGGUUCUGAAGAAAAGGAAUCUAGUUCAGAAACGAAAGAAGAAUAAUAUGAAUUUUAUUGAAACGAAAAACAAUUAAAAAAUAUAAUAAACCUAUACAUAUAUUUUAAGUUUAAAAAAGUCUUCAUAUACGGGCUAUAUAUUUAAUUUUUAAAUGAAUUGUUUAAACAAUAUUAUAUUACUUAUUUGGCUGUAAAUUUUCCUUUUUCGUUAUAAUUAUUAUAAAAGUAAUUUCAAAAGAAAUAUAAAUUUAAUUUUGAAAUUAAAUCAAUUUUAAA